AUGCCUAAGGAAAUCAAGGAGAUCAAGGAGUUCCUUGUAAAGGCCCGAAGGAAGGACGCCAAGUCCGUCAAGAUAAAGAAGAACACGAACAACACCAAGUUCAAGGUCCGAUGCAGCAAAUACUUGUACACCCUGGUCGUUCAAGUAAGAUUUUUUCGUGAUUAACUUUUUUUGUUUUGAAGCAUGUAAAGUCGGUUCAAAAAACUUUUCUGUGGUGUUCAAAGACGCAGAAGCCUCGAAUGAUAUGGAAGAUUUUUGAUGACAGCUUCUCGCGACAGUUUUUAAAUUUCUCUGCUCCUUUGAACAUCAUAACUUGGAAUUAUGAAACGACUGAAUUUUUGUUUCUUGAGUUGUAUUAAGCUCUGAAAAGAUUCUUAUAUAUCAUUCGCCACAAUUUAGCACAGUCUGACCGAUCUGAGGACUUUUUCUCUUCGCCGGCGAGUUCACAGAAAUUUGAAAAUACAACUAAACAUAAGAGUGUCGCCAAAGAGAGAAAGGACAAAAUAAGCCUGUUCAAAAUUGUGGCGAAUAGACGUAAGAAGCUGAUAUUAAUACAAUGUUGAUCAAAUUGCUGAGAGCUUAUUGGAAAAAAAUUUCAUUUUUUUAAACGCAAAAAUUUUUUUCAACUAUUCCGAAAAAUAAUAAAAGCAAUGCUAAGUUCAGUUGAUAACUUCUAAUCAUUUUUGUGUAUUUUUAUAAGCAAACCGAAUUUUCUUCGAAAUUUUUUUAUGCAUUUUAGCAGUCAAUUUUUUUGAAGCGAACUUUUUAAUAUAAAAAUCAGUUGAUUUUUUUCAAUGAUUCAGAAAGCUUGCCUGUUUGUGAAAAAUGCUCCCUAGGGAACGUUUUUUACUUCCCCUGGUUGAAAUUGAUGAAACUUUGCUAAAGUGUACCUCAGGACCUACGAAUUUCAGCACUAAAAAGUUCUUUUUACAGAUCUUUUUUUCGAAAACGCUUCAAAGGCUUAAAAUACUGCUUACUUGUCAUAACUUUUGUAUCUAGCGGACUUUAAAGCUUCAUAACUUGAAAACAAGACCUAUUGCGAGAAAUUUUUUUUUCUGUUUCUGCAUUCAGCCCUCAAGUACACCGAAGUUUCAUCAAAAGUUCAACCGGAAGGUAAAAAAGUUUUCCAGUCAGUAGAUUUUCUCGUUCUCGAUGCAAACACCAAUUGCGGGUUCGGUGACUGCCGAACGUCGUUAGUUAUGUUUUGCUAGAUGAAAUAACCAUUUCGAAGGCAAUUUCGAUGAUUGUCGAUAUCUGCUCAAAAAUGGUUCACAAUAAUCUUGAUUUCUAUUGAAAACCUUCUUUUUUUCUGCUCUUGUGAUUAUCAACGCUCCCUUUCAGGAUAAGGAAAAGGCCGAGAAGCUGAAGCAGUCCCUACCUCCAGGCAUCCAAGUCAAGGAGCUCAAGUAA